UUUUGCCGUCAAGCGUCGCAGAAUCCAGCUAGACCUCCAUCCAUACUAUAAAUAAGUAUGGAAAUUUAUGCAGUUUAGGUUGAGAGGCCCUUGGAUGUCACAGAUCAAUAAUGGCGAGGUUCAACUGCUAUAAUUAUUCCCACAUGACUUCGCUUGUUUUGGCUCUUCUCAUACAGAUUUGUUCUCAACCUGUGGCUUCUGGUUCAUCAUCAUCUUCCGUAGUAGAGUUUCUUCCGGGCUUCCGGGGACGCCUUCCUUUUCAUCUUGAAACUGGGUACGUUGGGGUUGGGGAAGAAGAAGAAGUGCAAGUUUUCUAUUAUUUUAUUAAGUCAGAGAACAAUCCUGAAGAUGAUCCUAUCCUGAUUUGGUUACAAGGAGGUCCUGGUUGCAGUUCGUUCGGGGGACUUGUCAAUGAAAUAGGUCCAAUUGCAUUUCCAAACCAGGUGUACAAUGGGAGCUUGCCUGGCUUACUCUUGAGGCCUCCCUCAUGGACAAAGGUAAGCAAUAUAAUUUUUCCAGAUUUGCCCGUUGGAACAGGCUUCACAUACGCCAAAACUGAAGCUGCGAAGCAAUCAAGUGAUUCGGGUGGAGUGCGUCAUGCUGAUCAAUUUUUAAGGAAGUGGCUAAUGGAUCAUCCAGAAUACUUAUCACAUAAAAUGUAUUUGUGUGGUGAAUCCUAUAGUGGCAUUACUAUUCCAGCCUUAUUUCAAGAAAUUUCACAUGGAAACGAAAACGGGAUCCAACCAUGGAUAAAUAUCCAGGGAUACAUACUUGGGAAUCCAUUGACCACACGCCAUGAAGAAAACUAUCAAAUCCCAUUUGCUCAUGGAAUGGGAUUGAUUUCUGACGAACUCUACGAGUCAUUACAGAAAAAUUGCAAAGGAGAAUACAAAAAGAUAGACCCCAAAAACUUGUUAUGUCUCAGAGAUUUCCAGUUAUUCCAAGAGUUAACUGCAGAAAUUGAUCCCGCUAUGAUUUUGGAACCUGCCUUUUGUGGUUAUGAUCUGCGUGUGCUUCCCCCAAGAAUUUCUUUGAUGAAGAGAUCUCUAUCCCAGAAAGUGAAAGACCCUAACUUUCCAUCAAAAUGUCGGCGACUAGGAUAUUUACAAGCGAGACACUGGGCCAAUAAUGAUCAUGUUCGUAAAGCACUCCAUGUUCGAAAGGGAACAACAGGAGAAUGGAUGCGUUGUAAUCGUAGUUUACCUUACAAGCAGGACAUCCAUAGUAGCUUUUAUAUUCAUGCAAAUCUCAGUACAAAGGGUUACCGUUCUUUAAUAUACAGUGGCGAUCAUGACAUGGGUUUCCCUUUCCUAUCAACACAAGCAUGGAUAAGAUCUUUGAAUUACUCCAUCAUUGAUGACUGGAGGCCUUGGCAUGUCAAUCACCAAGUUGCUGGAUACACAAGGACUUACUCCAAUCGCAUGACAUAUGCAACUGUGAAGGGUGCUGGACAUUCAGCUCCAGAAUUCAAACCUGAAGAAUGUCUCGCGAUGUUAAAGAGAUGGAUAGCUAAUGAGCCUCUCUAAUGAGUGAUUAGUUGCCACAAGAAUGUAAAAAUGAAGUUAGUGCUAUUGGAUAAAUACAUAUAUAAAUAUAUAUAUAUAUAUAUAUGAUGUGCGUAAACCUAAGUAAUAUCUUUAAAAUUAUUUAUGUUUGCUUGGUGUGAGGUAAAGUGAUGAUUCUCUUUCUCUAAAGAGUUAUCUAAUUGAAUAUAUUUUUUUGUUAUGAUUUUUGGUGCCUA